AUGGAUGAACAGAUAAUCUCGGCGAUUCAGAUCGCAUAUGAUCCCGCUGCCGACCAAACCCUCAAGCGACAGGCCUUUGAAUAUGUGAACCAAUUGAGGCAGGAGCCCUCAGCAUGGCAGCCAUGUCUGGCCAUCUCCCUGCAGGUGCCACGUCGAGACAUGGUCAUUCGCGUCUUUUGUCUAGAGAUUGUCAACAACGCAGUACAAGGUGGCCUGGUAGACCAGGCAGGGUUGAAGACCAUUAAAGAUCAGCUAGUAGCAUAUCUGCAAAAGUUCUAUGGGACAGGCGGCCAGACAGACACACCGGAUCCAGGCACCAUCGUCAACAAGUUUGCUCAGACUGUGACAUACCUCUUUUCGGCUUUCUACGGCUCCGGCUGGGAGACCUACUUCGACGAUCUGCUGGCGUUGACCUCCGCCGGCACCGGUACGAAGGACAACUACCCUGGCCUGAUAUUCUACCUCACAGUUCUCAACUCUAUACACGACGAGAUCGGUGAUCAACUGGUGUCGAGGUCUCGAGCCGAGCAGGACAGAGCGAACACUUUGAAAGAUCUGAUUCGAGCACGAGACGUCGAGAAGAUUGCACGCUCAUGGCAAGACAUCCUCUCUCAUUGGAGGACAUCGAGUGAUAUCGUGGCGGAACUGUGCUUGAAGGCCAUUGCCAAAUGGGUCAGCUGGGUGGACAUCUCGUUCGUCGUCAAUCAGGCGAUGCUCGAACUACUAUUCCAGCAACUAGAACGGGCGCAGAAGGUCGAUCCUCGAGAAAGCGAAGAGCAAGCAAGGGAUGCCGCCAUUGACGUCUUUACCGAGACCGUUGCCAAGAAGAUGCCUCCUGCAGAUAAGGUCAACAUGAUCACCUUCCUCAAUCUGGAAAACGUGGUUUCUCAGCUUGUUACGUGUCCGCCUCUAAGAGACAGUCGCGCAUCCAACUAUGACGUCGAUCUUGCCGAGACGGUAGCAAAGUUGGUCAACACUACAGUCGUGGACAUUGUUAGGAUCUUGGAGGUUGAGAACCAGAGCUCGCCAACAUGGGGAAAGGCAGAGCAACUGUUGGCAUCGUUCCUGCCACAUCUCCUCAGGUUCUUCUCCGACUUGUUUGACGAGGUCUGUUCAACUGUGCUCAACGCCAUGAACGAUGUUCUUGCAUUUUUAAGGCGUGCUAGUCAGGGCGAAGCGGCCUCGGCUCAAAGAGCAGCAAUGCUUCUACCAAUCAUCAAGGCGAUAUUCGUGAAAAUGAGGUACGACAACACUUCCGACUGGAAUCAAGAGGACGAGCAAACCGAUGAGGCAGAGUUUCAAGAUUUGAGAAAGAGGCUGGCAGCGUUACAGUCAGCAAUCGCAGUAGCGGAUGAACAGCUCUACAUCGAGGCAAUUUCGGGCCUCGUGCAUGACACGUUCGAACGCCUCAGAUCAGAAGGCACACAGCUGAACUGGAGAGAUCUAGACCUUGCGUUGCACGAAGUCUACCUCAUGGGUGACCUGGCUGUGAGGGCCGGGGGAUUGUACAACAAGAACAAGCCAAACUCGCCGGCAGCGGAAAAGCUUGUCCGAAUGAUGCUGGAAAUGGUCCAAUCAAAUACCGGCUCUUUCGCCCAUCCCGCAAUUCAGCUCCAGUAUAUGGAGAUCUGUGUCAGAUACAGCUCGUUCUUCGAAAAACACAGCGAAUACAUCGAGCCAGUGUUGAAAAACUUUCUCGAUCUUUCACACCAUCCAAGUCUAAAGGUCAAAGCUCGAGCAUGGUAUCUCAUCCACCGCCUCAUUCGUCAGCUGCGAGCAAAUGUAGGUAAUGCGGCAGAGGCCGUUGUGCAGAGUCUACAAGACCUUCUCGUCAUCAAAGCGGAGCUUCCCGGCGAACAAGAUGCAGAUGACAUGUCUUCCGAUGGUGAGGCCAAUACGGACUCUACGUUCACCAGCCAGCUUUACCUGUUUGAAGCUGUCGGCUGCAUCUGUGGCGCAACCUCGGUAACGGCAGAGAAGCAGGUGCAGUAUGUGCAAGCUAUCAUGCGGCCUAUCUUCGCAGAUAUCGAGCGCAACCUGGAGACAGCCAGGUCGGGAAACGAGCUUGCCGGUCUUCAAGUGCACCAUGGAAUCAUGGCCUUGGGUACGAUUGCACGGGGCUUCUCCGAGUUCAAUCCUAGCGUGACGAACCCGGGAGGCGGCACCGAGCCAUCAUCACAAGCAAAGGAAGCAUUUGCGCAGGUGGCCGAAGUGACACUGGUUUCUCUGACAGCGCUGAAGUCGUCCUUCCAGAUAAGAACCGCUGCAAGAUUCGCCUUUUCACGGUUGAUUGGUAUGGUCGGCGCUCGUAUGAUGCAACAACUGCCUCAAUGGGUCGACGGACUAUUGACCGACUCGUCCACCAGGGAUGAGAUGGCAUUGUUUCUUCGACUUCUCGACCAGGUCAUUUUCGGCUUCAAGAACGACAUUUACAACUUCCUCGACCGCUUGUUCUCGGGUCUGCUUCAAAGAGUGUUCGCAGGGAUCUCUGCACCUACUUCUGGUACAGAUGACGAGAUCGAGUUGGCCGAGCUGAAGCGAGAGUAUCUGAAUUUCCUUAUGGUGAUCCUUGGCAAUGACCUCGGUGCUGUCCUCGUCAGCUCCACCAAUCAACCGAUCUUUGAAUCUGUCAUCACUUCCAUUGAACAUCUUGCGAGAGAUGUGGAGGACUUCCCGACAGCCAAGAUGGCAUUCCUACUUCUAUCAAGGAUGUGUUCGGUCUGGGGAGGACCUGAUGUGGUGUCGGCGACGGGCAACGCCAAUUCCGCAGGGCCACAACCAGCUCUUCCAGGCUUUGAUCAGUUCAUGAUUACUCGAUUUUCACCGCUUUGUUGGGCUCUGCCUACGAACCCUUCGUUCAACGGCAAAGAUGCACAAGCGCGGCAAGCCCUUUCAGAGGCUGCCAAUUUACAGAAGACCAUCUACACCAAGACUGGGCAGCAAUACCUGACGUGGCUGCAAGAAAACGAGUUGAGGACAAUGGGCAUGAAUGAUACCCUCAUAAAUGACUAUUUGCAAAAGUUGGCGACCAUGGAACUUAAGGCGUUCAAGACCUUCUUCCCAAAGUUUAUCGCCCAGGGCGGACAGAUGUGA